AUGUAUAAACGGAUUGAACGCUUAGUAGUGAUGGAUGAUUUACUCAAUAAUGCAAAAGGGAGAAAAUGGGAAGUGUGCAAAUAUAUAUUGAAUAAAACGCCCGAUAUUAUUAAUGAAAAGCCUCCUUAUCGUAAAUUUUAUUUCAUUCAUCAUAUUGCAUACAAAGGCGAUCGAAAAGCAUUUGAUGAUUUUAAUCAACAAAAUCAAUUUGAUUUAAGCUUGCUCACUAAUGAUGAUAAAUCCAUCAUCGAUAUUGCCAAUGAAAAAGGAAAUCAAGAUUUUGUUCAACAUAUUAAUAGUUUAAAACAACAAAAGGAAGCAAAAACAGCAUCAGAUCGAUUUUCACGGCAAAGUUGUAUAGAGAAGCGAGUUCACACGCGUGAUCAUAUAAAGAAAUCAACAAGUGGCAAGUCAGAUGCCACAAUUGUACUGAAUGAUGACAACUUCAUUCGCUCUCUAAUUUGUCCAUUGUCGGGAGAAAUGCUCAAAGUUCCAGUUGUUGCAUCCGAUGGUUAUACGUAUGAAAAAGAAAAUAUUCUGGAAUAUUUUAAAACACAUGAUCGUUCUCCUAUCACAAAUGAACUGUUCAAAAACAAAGAAUUUCAACGAAACUUAACGAUCGAAGGUAUUUUAAAAGGUUUUGCUUCAAUUUCAUUGGCAUCAUCAUCAACGACACCGUCAUCAUUGUCCACGUCAAUAUACUAUAAAGCACAACCUGGUGACACGUUAACUGAAAUUGCGAAAAAGAAUGAAUUUAGUUUAGAUCAAAUGAAAGCAGCAAAUCCAGAAUUGAAAGGUUUUGAUCGAUUGGAACCUAACCAAGUAAUUAAAUUACCAUUUGUUCAAAAACUGAUUGAAUCCACGUUAGAAAGAGAACCUCGUGCAUCUGAGAAUAGCGUUACUGUAUUUCAACAUUUUGAUAACACAUCAGAAGAAUCGAGUUUAAUUCCAGAAAGUGUUCCUGAACAAAAAUUAUCUGAUAUUCGAGGAAAACUUCAAGCUGUUUUCUUGCUGAUUGAUGUGGAUCGUGAUGGCAUUCUGACAUUAGAAGAAUUUAAAGCAUUUUUGUCAAGAUUAAAUAUAGAAAUGAACCAUCAAGAUGCGAGUGCUUUAUUUCAAGAUAUCGCUCAUAAAGAUAAAAAUAAAAUGACAUUUCAAGAAUUUUAUCAAUAUUAUGAAGAAAUGGUAAAAGCAGAAAAAGAAAAACAUACUCAAUCAGAAAUAGAUCUUCUAUCAGCAUUCUUAAAAGCUGAUAAAGAAGGUAAAUGUGAAUUAGGUGGUAUUUCACAAUUAAUCAAUAAGCGAUGGGAAAAAUUUAACAAUUUCAAGCGUGAUGGUAAAACGGGUAAAUUAGUUAUGGUUGGUGCAGACGGAGUUAAAGAUGUUUUACCAGGAGAGUAUAGUCUCGUUGAUCUUAUCGCAUGGUCCGAUAUUAUACUACAAGAUAUAAAACCAAAAUUUAUUCAAAUCCCAGGUAUUCGUUGGAUAAAAGGCUCCGAUCCAAAAUCUCAAUCAGGUAGGCUGGUGUUUCCAAAGAAUUUUGUUGAUAUACGUUUACCAAUUGAAGUUGGAACAAAUGACAAAUUAUCCUAUUAUGGAUGUUGUCUGGCUAAUGAGAGUCACAUGAAAGUAUCAUUAUUUCAUCGUCAUUGCAUUCAAGAUUUUACUUAUUAUGAGAAUUAUUAUCGUGAUUUUGUUAAGGGAAGAGCAGGUUUAGAGAAGCAUGAGUUUGCUCAUCUCGAUUGUCCAUUUGAAGAAAAUAGUGGCUUUUUUAUAUUAGGUAAAUUUGCUGAUCAAAAUGAAAGUGAAUUACAUUUAACAGCAUUUAAAAUUCCAUUAAAACAUACUCUUUAUGUACCACCAUUGACAAUACAUUCAAACGAUUAUUUGAAAGGUAAAUGGCGUACGAUGUUGUCAGAUGCAGCUGCCAUCGAUCAUGUUUGUCUUGAGCGAGAAAGAUAUGAUGGAGAAACAGACCAAAUUUCUUUCGAUUUUACUGACUAA